UUUGUCUUUGUCUUUGGCUUUUUCUCUCUCUUUCUCCCCCGUCAAACAUAGCAAUAGCGAGAGCUUCUACAAUCAAACGACUGUAACAAAUUGAUGAAUUGUUGAUCAGAUCGGUCAAGGGCUCACUUUCAACGUCUCGCUGUCUCAAAAAAAAAGAAAGAUGCAAGAAAUCUCCACUGCUGCUUUGAUUUCCAGACGAAGAUUAUUAGCUCAUAAUUACCGAAAAGGUAUCACUCUUCUUCCCCUCGUCAAUUUCAACUUCAAUUUCAACUUCAACCCAUUGUUGUCAGCUGAUAACAACAAUGCACUUCCGUUUCAUACUCAAAUUUCAACGAACCCUAAUCGUAAUCUUCCUGAUCGGAGGCAACUACGCAAAUUUCUGUUAGAGAAAUCCAAAUUGGGGUUUGGUAAGCUCGAUGAUGCUCUUAGUUUAUUCCAUCGGAUGGUCCAAAUGCAACCCCUUCCUUCGGUUAUCGAAUUCACUAAGCUGUUAACUGGUAUUACCAGGAUGAAGCAUUAUUCCACCGUUAUUUCUCUGUUUAAAGAAAUAAGCUUGUUGGGUAUUACGGUUGAUGAUUAUACCCUGAAUGUCGUAAUUAAUUGCCUUUGCCACUUGAAUCGAGUAGAUUAUGGGUUUUCUGUCUUGAGUAGCUUCUUCAAACUUGGUUAUGUACCAUGUGUAGCUACUUUCAACACUCUAAUGAAUGGGUUCAUUUUACAAGACAAGACUGGCAAGGCCAUGGAAUUGUUUAAUAAAUUGGUAACAGAGGGAGAAAUCAAACCUGAUGGAGUUAUGUACGGAACUAUUAUAAAUGGGCUUUCCAAGACGGCAAAUACUACAACUGCCAUCGGGAUUCUUAGGAGUAUGCGAAAAUGGAACUAUAAGCCUAAUGUUGUGAUGUAUAACACAAUUAUUGAUGGCCUUUGUAAGGACAAAAAUGUAGAUGAUGCUUUGAACCUCUUAGUGGAAAUGACCCAGCAGGAUAUAUCACCAGACUUGAUCACUUACAACACUUUGAUUCACGGAUUAUGUAAUUUAGGCCGGUGGGAGAAAGCAACAAGAAUGUUGAGAGACAUGACAGACCGGAAUGUUUUUCCAAAUGUUCGUACCUUUAGUACAUUGAUUCAUGCAUUAUGCAAGGAAGGGAUGGCAAAAGAAGCAGAGAGUGUUCUUGAAUUCAUGGUACAAAGAGGUGUUGGUCCCGAUGUAGUCACAUACAAUACACUCAUAGAUGGUUAUUGCUUGCUAGGUCACAUGGACAGAGCAAUAGAAGUCUUUCAUUCCAUGAUGGAUAAGGGCAUUGAACCAAACAUUCUUUCCUAUAACAUUUUGAUCAAUGGAUAUUGCAAAAAUAUGAAAAUUGAAGAGGCCAUGAAUGUUUUCCGUGAAAUGCCUCAUAAAGGAUUGAAACCCACAAUUGAUACUUACAAUACUAUGUUGCAGGGAUUGUUUGGGGUUGGUAGGUGUUCUACUGCUCAAGGACUUCUGAAUGAGAUGCAAGCUAAUGGUCAGACUCCAGAUUAUUAUACUUAUUGUGUCCUACUGGAUGGAUUAUCCAAGAAUGGCCAUAUUGAUGAAGCAUUGUUGUUAUUUCAAGAGCUGGAAUGCAGUGGCGUAAAUCCUGGUAUUACUAUGCACAAUAUAUUAAUUGAUAGAUUGUGCAAAGAUGGGAAGCUUGAGAUGGCAAGGAAUCUAUUUGGUAAGCUUGACUCUAAAGGUUUGCGGCCUGAUGUUCGCACUUUUACUAUGAUGAUAGGUGGAUUUUGUGAACAGGGGCUAUUGGGUGAGGCAAAUGAUUUACUUGUGACGAUGGAAGGGACGGGUUGUAUGCCUAAUUAUGCAACUUACAAUGUUAUGGUCCGUGGAUUCCUUAAAGCAAAUGACUACACUGAAGCAAAUAUACUUGCGGAGAAAAUGAUUGGGAGGGGCUUUUCAGCAGAUGCAUCUACUUUGGCUACAAUAGUGGAUUUGCUCUCCGCUGAAGGUCAAGAUCCUACACUACUCUCUUUCGUAUGAUUAAAAAAUUGGUUCCCCGGGAUAACACUGAAGGAAUUUGUUAAGCUAUCAACAUGGAUGCUAUCUUCGGUGGUCAUAUGUCUGCUUAGAAUUUGCUAGGAUUCAAAAAGUCAAUUUGGGUACUUCUCUUGAUUUAUAUGCAAACAUGGAAGAAAUUCUAAAAAGUAAUAGAUUCUCAACAAAGUUUGAAUUCAUCUACCACCAGACCUGCAGUUUUACAAAGGUUGAAGGUUACAAGGAAAUCAUUGCAUUAAUGGUUACAGAGUAAGUACUAUUAGAAGGUAACAUUUCGCUGCCUCGCUCAGCUUCUCUACCUGUAUUUCGUUUCUUUAGCAUGAGAUCGUUGGCCACAAAUGAGGUGUAACCUUAGCUCAUUGCUCAUAUCCAAUGUCUAUGGUGUCAGUGUUACUUUUUGGCACACUCCUUGACUUUUUGGCAGCAACUUGAGUUUUUCUCAACUCGAUACGUUUUACUGCUUACUGGGCCUAUUAAGUGGUGUGAAUUUUUUGCAUUACCUCCUCUGGGCUAGACUGCUACAAGUACAGAUCAACAUGGCGACAACAAUGAUAGUGAAAUUCAAACAGUGAAGUAACUACAAUAUGACAAUUCUCUAGUCUGUUCAUGUUCUCAUCCAGUGGUCGAAGGCAAUUCUCUAGAACUUUGACCUCGACAUUUGAUAUCCUAUAUGACGACUAGUUUUUGUUUUGAA